UGGUUAAUGAUCAGUUGCGAAUUGACUGAUCGAUCUGAUUUGUUUUUUUUUCACGCGCUCACUUCGGUUUAAGUUAAUUCUGAUCAACCGUUAUAUAAUAAGUUGUGGAAACGAUGAAAUUGUACUUCAUACUUGCGGCUUGUGUCCUGGCCACACUUGCGCCAUCCGCACACGCUUUACUGGGCGCCAAAUUAGCGCUCCUGGGCUUGGGUAGAAAUCUGAUUAGUGGAGGCGCCGCCGGCGGUGGUAGUAGUGAUGGUGGCUACGGCAGUGGCAACUACAAUGGUGGCUAUUAUGGACAGCAAAGUCGUGGCGUCUACAAUGGUGGCUACGCCAAUGGUAAUGGUUAUGGUGGCUAUGGACGUCAGUCAUAUGGCGGUAACUAUAAUUAUGGCGUAAGCGGUCGAUAUGCCGGUGGCUACAACAGUGGUGGUUACAGCAGUGGCGGUUACGCUGGCGGCAAUGGUGGCGAACAAGUUGUACGUAUCAUCAAGGUUAUUGUGCCAAGUGAAAACGUCGGCUCCUCAGUGAACUACGGAAGCGGCGGUUACUCAAGCGGUGGUAGUUACUCAAGUGGUGGUUACGCGAAUGGUUACUCAAGCGGUGGCGGCUACUCCACUAGUGGUUGGACACCCAUCCCCGCGCCACCAACAGUACGUACUGUAGUACAGGCACCCGAACCAGCGCCUGUACAAGUGCCUGUUCAGCAAACUUAUAUCUCUGCACCCGCGCCACCACCACCACCACCACCACAGGUGGUACAAGUAGCACCCGCACCAGCGCCCGUACAAGUGCCUGUUCAGCAAACUUAUAUCUCUGCACCCGCGCCACCACCACCACCACCACAGGUCGUACAAGUAGCACCCGCACCAGCACCAAUUCAGACUACAUACGUUUCAGCGCCAGCGCCACGCCCAGUUAUUCGUGUUACACAAUUACCGCAACCCAUACAGUAUUCAACACAAGUUGGUCAAGUAAGCUCCGCACAAGUCUACCAGGUGCAAUCGCCGCCCUCAAUACAAUUGCAGCCACCAGCACCACAACCGUUUCCACAACCAGUUCCACAACCGAUUCCUCAACCUUCCCAACCUGCGCAGGUAGUGAAAACCAUAAAGCUCAUUGUCGAUGAAAGCGACGACAGCGUACAAGUUCCAGCUCAAACUUACGGUCCACCACCACAGCCAGCAGCGCAGAACAACGGUGGUUGGAGCAGUAGCAGCAGUUCGUCGGCUGGUUGGAACAAUGGCUGGAAUAACGGUUACAAGCAUGGUGGCAUCUGGGAGAAACUCGGCUGUUAGACAAAGCCAAGCGCAAAAAUCUAACUCAAAAACGAUCUAUGAAAUAAUGUUUAUUUUAUAAAGUCUUAACUACGAAAAU